AACUCUAGCUAGCUUCAUGUUUCAUCAUCAACUCCCCAAACCAGACCGUCGACUUCCUCCUUCUGCUGAAUAUGGUCAAAGUUUACCAAAUAGUACUGCAUCUUAUUCAGUACCUCCAUGGGGAAGUUGGGGUCUAGAGGGUGGGAGUACUAUUCAAGCUAAAGAUCACGUGAUAACCAUUUUUCCAACACCACAAUACAGCAAUUAUGGAGAGGCAACCUUCGUCUCCGACUUCAAACAUAUGAAACCCCAAGUGUGUAGAGCCAUAACGAUGGGAAAGCAAACUGAUCAUGAGUUUAAACUCGACGUUGAAGAAGAAGAAGAAGAUACAGCAGACUACAAGCGGAUUAUCAGUGCCCGUGGGAACACCAUUCUUCAUGUUGCCUCCAGUUUAGGCCAUUCCGGCCUCGUCGACCAGAUACUCAGCAGCCACUCUAAUUCCAACCUAAUCUUCAGCAAAAACACCACUGGCAACCUUGCUCUCCAUUUGGCUGCUGCUGCUGGCCAUCAAACUGUCGUCCAGAUUCUGGUUCGUCAUGCAGAAGAUGAUGGUUCGCAGCUGGAUCUACUCGUCCAAGAAAAUGAGGACAAGAAUACUGCGUUACAUCUUGCCAUUAAAAAUCAUCACCACAAAUUGGCUAUUUUCUUAGUUGAGAAGAAUCCAGAUGCCACCAUAAGAGUAAACCGCGAAGGAGUUUCUCCCUUGUAUAUGGCCGCCGAAGCUGGGGAUGUGGAGCUUGUGAACGCUAUGCUCAACAGAAGACCUGCUGAUGAUAUGGGAUUUUUCCAAGGCAAGUCACUUGUUCAUGCUGCCAUUCAAGGGAGGGACAUAGAUGUCUUAGAUGCCAUAAUGAGGUACCAAUCCUCUAACAUGCCAACAAAUGUCUUACACGCGGUAAAGGGAUAUCAAACAACUUACAUUGCUACUUCUGUGGAUGGAAUGCCUUCUUACUGUAUUUCAUUCGAUGAUGGAAGGAAGACAUCAUUUUGUUUUGUUCUGCUUGAUGAAGAAGGGAAAACUCCUCUUUCCUUUGCAUCCUCCAUUGGUUACCUAGAAGGUGUUUGCUACUUCUUAGACAAAACUUUUGAUGCAACAUACACAAGAGACCGGGAUGGGUCUUAUCCCAUUCACGGGGCAUCCAAGAGAGGCCAUGUCAAGAUUAUAAAAGAGUUUAUCCAACGCUGCCCUGAUUCAAGGGAGUUGCUCGACGAAAAAGGUAAAAAUAUUCUUCAUGUGGCUGCUGAGAGUGGGAAAUGGAAUGUUGUAACAUGCAUUCUUGAGACAUCCGAGCUUGCCAUGCUUAUUAAUGAAAGAGAUAAAAAUGGAGACACCCCACUACACUUGGCAACCAAGAAUAGGCAUGCUCGGGUUGUGACUAUCAUGACAUGGGACAAGAGGGUUGACUUGGAGCUUGUAAAUGAUGAAGGCCUAACGGCUUUGGAUGUUGCAGAUAACGACGGUCAGACAGCAUCCUCAUUUGAAAAGCAACUGACAUGGCUAGCCCUGAGAUAUGCUGGCGCACCACAAGCUAAGAAGUUGAGUACUUCCAGAGUGAGCAAGCAAUCUCCUUACAUGAAUGCCCAAAGACCAAAGCGUCAACAUAAUCCACUCAGCAUGGAAAGUUACAAAGAAGGGUCAACGCACUGUUGGUGGUGGCAACACUAGUGGCCACUGUGGCCUUUGCGGCUGGUUUCACAAUGCCAGGAGGAUAUAACACACAGUUCUCCUUGAAAAGCGUAUGUUCUACGUCUUCCUUAUAAGUAAUACCGUAGCUAUGUAUAGUUUCAUCAUUGUUGCCAUUCUUCUCUUUUGGGCAAUUUUUAAUGAUCUAAGAUUGGGUCUUAGUUCUCUCAAAUUAGCAGUACCCUGUUAAAAUUAAAUUAAUGCCAUCUUCAUUAUGCAUUUUGGGUU